UGAGUAGUCCACAUCCCCUGUGCUGGUUAUGACGCUUGGUACGUGCUCGACGUCACGUCAUUGUGGGCAGGAAGCUCAUGUCACGGUGUGGACGUCAGUUCAUAGAGCGAAAUUAAUUUGUCAGGAAAAGAGUAACCAGCAGUCGAACAGCAACAUACCAAAGGAAGAUGAAUCCAGAGGACGCCAAGCCGACCGCGCCAUGCAGCAGCCCUGUGUAUGUGCACAACCCACACCUGGAUGUAAUGAAAGAUGACAUCCUCUACCACUUUGGUUUAGGAACCGGAACGCACAACCUACCAGCUUUGUUUGGUGAUGUAAAAUUUGUUUGUGUCGGGGGCAGUCCUUGGAGAAUGAAAUCAUUCACUGAGUACAUUGCUGCUGAGCUCGGUAUGGAAAACCCUGAAUCAGAGUACCCAAACAUCUGUGCUGGAACGGACCGCUAUGCUAUGUACAAAGUUGGCCCUGUACUGUCUGUCAGUCAUGGGAUGGGCAUCCCAUCUAUUGCCAUAAUGUUGCAUGAGCUAAUAAAGCUCCUCCAUCACGCUCAUUGCACAGAUGUUACAAUUGUACGCAUUGGAACGUCAGGUGGAAUAGGGCUUGAGCCGGGCACAGUUGUUGUCACCAAGCAGUCGAUGGAUGCCACCUUCCUGCCCAAGUUUGAGCAGGUGAUCCUGGGGAAGACGGUGGUGCGCAACACUGAUCUAGACCAAAGUCUGGCUAAGGAGCUGUUGCAGUGCAGCAAGGAGCUGAACCAGUUUGAGACAGUGAUAGGCAACACCAUGUGUACACUGGAUUUCUAUGAAGGACAAGCCCGUUUGGAUGGAGCUUUCUGCUCCUACACUGAGAAGGAUAAACAGGACUACCUCAAUAAAGCCAAUGAAGCAGGAGUCUGCAAUAUUGAAAUGGAGUCAUCUGUUUUUGCUGCCAUGUGCAAGCUGAGUGGUCUACGAGCGGCUGUGGUUUGUGUGACAUUACUCGAUCGGCUGAAGGGGGAUCAGAUGAACAACUCUCAUGAAGUUCUUCAGAGUUACCAGCGGCGUCCUCAGAUACUGGUUGGCUACUACAUUAAGAAGCAGUUGAAGGCCAGAGCAGUAUGCCGCUAAGUGCAACAAGUAUACAAGCAUACACCAAAAUCUCAUCCUGAAAACAUGAUGCAAUGCAAGGGCUCAGCUUUAAACAUUGUUUGUAUACAAUUUCUUCCUGCUCACCAAUAGCCAUACAUUACCUUUUAAUACCUCCAGAAUAAUCACUGCAUUUUGAUAUUAUGCCUCUUUAUUUAUUCUUUGGCACUUCUAUUUCACACUUGAUUCCUCUUGUUUUUGACUUAAAUGUUAAGUAGCAGCAUAUAGUCAUUCUGUCCAAUUUAAGACUGUUUUAUACAACAUGUAAAAUAAAACCUGUAUCGCACCAUGACCUUUGGUAUGUCUAUGCAGCACUAUAACACAAUCACCUCAAACUGUCAUUAUAGAAAUGUAUCAUGAAAAAAAAAAACAUGAUAAUAUUACAUUUGUCUCCUUAUAAGUCAAUAUUGGUUGUUGCAAAUGAUGUAUCAUCUGGAGUAUUUUUAUGCAUUUUUUUACAAUUCGGCUUCUGUAAUGUUUCAGAAGCUUCAUUCAGAACCUAAACACUGCUACAAAAUGUUAUUUAUUUUAAGAGAAAAAAAAAAUAUCCACUGAAUGUCAUCACUAAUAAAUCCUCAUGCAGUCUGAA